AAACAAAAAUGUUUGAAUCUUGACUUAUCUUUGUUUAACAAGACAGAGAGAAAGAGAUGUGUCUGAACCAGAAACAAAACUUGUUGAGCUUUGAGUUCUCAAAGAGAGAGAGAGAGAGAAAAAUGUGUUGUGAUCUGAGACGUUUCUUUGUUGCAUUGAUUCUGUUGCGAAUCUGCCAACACGCAGCAGCUUCUACUUCUUUCCCUCUCGCAAAACGUAACUGCAAAGGCCACUGUGGAGCUGUUAGUGUUCCUUACCCUUUUGGGAUAGGCCAAGGUUGUUACGAGAACAAAUGGUUCGAGAUUGUUUGCAGAAACAGCAACUCAUCAGACCAACAGCCAAUACUUUUCUUGCCAAGCAUCAAACGCCAAGUUACUAACUUCAACCUUGGAUACUUCUUCUCCUUGUUGGUGUUGACCAAGUUUUACAUUCAGAGUCCACUGAAACAUUCAGGUUGUUCCAUUGGAGAUGCUGACUCGUCCCUGAAUCUGACGGGAAGCCCAUUCUUCAUAACAGAGAGUAAUAAGUUCACAGCUGUUGGAUGCAACAACAAGGCGUCUAUGAAGGCUACAGGGUUACAGAUCCUGGGAUGUGAAACGACAUGUGGGAAUAAGAUACGGUCUUACAAAGAUGCUAACGAGAGUUGUAUUGGUUACAAAUGCUGUCAGAUGCCUAUACCACCUGAUCUUCAAGUGUUUGAUGCGACGGUGGAUAAGCUGGAACCAGGUAAAGAAGGAUGUCAGGUUGCCUUCUUGACACAGUUGACCUUGUCAGGGUCUUUGUUCACGCCCCCUGAGUUAUCAGAGUACAAUGAAUACACGACAAUGGAGCUAGAAUGGCGUCUUGAUCUUUCCUCCAUGUCUUCAACAGUUUUGCUAUGCAAGAACAACACAUUUGGUGAUGGUUAUCAAUGUUCGUGUACAGAUGGUUACGAAGGAAAUCCUUACCUACCUGAUGGAUGUCAAGACAUUGAUGAAUGCAGAAUCCCACAUAGUCACAACUGUGGAAUGAACAAAUGUGUGAAUGUUAUUGGAUCAUACAGAUGUGAGAAAACUUUGUCAGCCAUUUUAGGUGGAACUCUAAGUUCUGGACUGUUUCUUCUGGCCGUUGGUAUGUGGUUGCUAUGCAAGGUUCACAGAAAGCGGAAAGCAGCCAAGCAGAAGAAGAAGUUCUUCAAACGAAAUGGAGGAUUGUUGUUACAGCAACAAACACACGUCCUUCAAUGCAGUGUCAACAGAACCAAGCUGUUCAGCUCCGGUGAUCUGGAGAAGGCAACUGAUAAAUUCAACGCGAGCAGGAUACUAGGGCAAGGUGGGCAAGGUACCGUUUACAAGGGGAUGUUGGAAGAUGGGAUGAUUGUUGCAGUCAAGAAGUCCAAAGCACUAGAGGAAGAGAAUCUUGAAGAGUUCAUCAAUGAGAUCAUCCUUUUAUCACAGAUUAACCACAGAAACGUUGUCAAGAUCUUAGGAUGUUGUCUUGAGACAGAGGUGCCUAUGUUGGUGUAUGAGUUCAUUCCCAACCGCAACCUAUUUGAUCAUCUACAUAACCCAUCAGAAGACUUCCCAAUGACUUGGGAAGUACGUCUCCGCGUCGCCUGGGAAGUUGCAGAUGCCCUCUCCUACCUGCAUUCAGCGACCUCUGUCCCAGUCUAUCACAGAGAUGUCAAGUCAACAAACAUCUUGUUGGAUGAAAAGCACAGUGCAAAAGUAUCAGAUUUUGGGAUUUCGAGAUCUGUUCCUCUAGAUGAUACUCACUUGACGACAGUGGUGCAAGGAACCGUUGGAUAUGUAGACCCAGAGUACCUCCAGUCGAACCACUUCACAGGGAAGAGUGACGUCUACAGCUUUGGGGUUGUGCUCAUUGAGCUUGUAACUGGGGGAAGACCUGUCUCCCUUCUGAGGCCACAAGAAGUCAGGAUGUUGGGAGCUUACUUCCUCGAAGCCAUGAGGAAUGACAGACUUCACGAUAUUCUCGAUGCUCGCAUCAAGGAGGAAUGUGAUCAAGAGGAGGUCCUUGCAGUAGCCAAACUUGCACGAAGGUGUCUGAGCUUGAACUCAGAACAUCGUCCUACCAUGAGAGACGUCUUUAUUGAACUUGAUAGGAUGCAAUCCAAGGGAAAAGGCACUCAAAUCCAAGCACAGAAGGGUGAAGAGCAUGACCACAUCCAUAUCUCAAUACCAGAGUCCAUGUCACUCAGUUACACUUCUCCGGACAUAGUCGUUGAAAACAGCUCAUUCUUACCGGACUCAAAACCACUGAUGCCUCACAAGACACAGUGACUAGAAAACCUAUGCUCUUCACCUUCCAAGUACAGUGAACCUUCAGGUCUUAUACCUUGUGUGAAUGUACUCCAUAACUACAUCCAAUAGUUCCUCUGUCUAUAAUUUAUUUUACCGAAUGUCUCUGAGGGAUUCCUCUUAUCUGCACACUAUGUAUCAAAUUCAAAGAAAUAAAAAAGAGAUUACAAAAGAAGCAAACUAUUUGUAUCACUUUUAUAUAAUCGUUAAGGUGUUUAAAGCAUACACAUGAUACACCACUGGGUAUCUUUAAUGGACACAUAUAACAAAUGAUAAGUUUUGUAACACUCAAAUAACUGAGAAAACAUCAAUCUUCUCUAA